CCCCAUAUUUGGAGGUGGGCAAAACACAUAUCUACUUUUAGCGAGAAAGAGAGAGAAACAUUUCCAACUGCUGAGAGGUCACUAGCAGACAUUCUUCGGGACUUUGGAGAAAGAGCAGAGAACAUGGAAGAAGAAUGCCAACAGAUAAAAAAUCAGGUACCUCUAGACAUAGGUUCCAUCUCCAUUGAUGAAAAUGUUAAGCAGUCAGACAGUGUUGGGGAGGAUGGUGACUCAGAAAAGGAGAAAGGAGAACAGGAACUAGAUGAAGAAGAGGAAGAGGAGGAUGAGGAUGAGGAUGAGGAGGAAGAGUAUGUAUAUGAAGAAUAUUGUGAAGAUGAUGAAAGGAUAGAUUCAGAGCAGCACAACGGGGAUGAAGAUUAUGAUGAAGACCAAACUGAAGAAAUCAGUGAAGAUUAUGUUAAUGCAGAAGAAGGAGCUGGUGAUGAAGAGGAGGACGAUGAUGCUGGAGGAUGGAUUACUCUCUCCAAUGUCAAAAAACAUAAGAUGAAGAAAAUUGGAUUGAAGCCUGAGGAGGAAAUAGAAGAGAAGGAAGUCCUUGUUGCUUGCAUGACAGCUGACUUUGCCAUGCAGAAUGUCCUGAAACAUAUAGGCUUAAGAGUGAUGGGAGUUGAUGGUAAACUGAUACAGCAGGUCAGGACCUUCAUUCUGCGAUGCCAUGCAUGCUUCAAGACGACAAGCAUCAUGAACAGAACAUUUUGCCAAAAGUGUGGUAAAACUCUAAAGAAAGUGUCAGUGACCUUGAACCCCGACGGCACAAAGAAGAUUUGGGUCAACACCAAGACCAAUCAAAAUGUUAGUGGUAUUGAUAACUCAUCCAUGUCUCUCCUGGUGGCAGUUCUCCUUCCCAUGCCAAAGGAGGCAAACACAAGAUACCCAAUACUCGCUGCUGAUCAGAAGGAAGCCAAGAAACAUGCCAGUAAACUAAGUUAUAAGAAGAUCAACCCACUCCACGUUGACUUUGAUACUUUAAAUUCACCCUUUGCUGUGCGUGAUGUUUACUCGCGUGCUUCACAACUAGGUUAUAUUGCUGGUAAGAAGAACCAUCAGCUGUACUGGGAAAAGAAGAAUCCCAAUGAAGGAAGAAGAACAGUAGGAAAAGAAAAAAAUAAUGGAUAUAGUUGCUUGUACUGUAAAUAUGGACAUGUAUAUUGCUACAACUAUUUCCUAAGGAUUUAUUCAUUCAACCAUUGUUUCGGACGUGAAGAAACAAUGACAGAUUCUAAACCCUAAGGUCAUUUAUGGUAUUGUUUCGUAAGUAUUGAUGUGUACUAAUGUGUGUAGAUGAUUUUUCUUUUCUGUUAUUUUUCCCCCAUAUUUGUGCUGUAUGUGUUGUUAAGGAUACUUGACUUUGUGAUGCAGAUGAGAUCUAUAAGCACUUAAAUUACACAUGAGUGUGUAAUUCAUUGAUCUGGUUGAAAAUUAUUAUAUAUUUUCCAUAGAUUGUUAAUAAAUAAUAUAAUGGAAA